AUGGAACCCGGCGGGGACCACCGAAGCCGGAGCGGUGGCGGCAGGGGCGGCCCCGGGCCAGCAGCGGCCUCGGCACGGGGCCGACGGCUGCCGCCCGCGGGAUUGAGCGGCGGCGCGGAGCCCGAGGACGACGACGGCGGGCAAGAUCUUCAUCUGGAAGGGGGUACCUUGGGGUCUUGGGGGAGUGCCCCCCUACCCUCCUCCAGGUCCAGGGGACCACCAUCUUCAGGCAGGAAAUACUCAGACCACUGUGAGGCCCGGGCCUCCAGGCCUGGAAAGAGCCGCAUCCCAGGCCGUGACCACAGGCGAUACUACCAUGACCACUGGCGGCUGGAGUACCUGAUGGACUUCAACCCUGCCCGGCAUGGCAUGGUGUGCAUGGUGUGCGGCAGCUCCCUGGCCACGCUCAAGCUCAGCACCAUCAAGCGGCACAUUCGCCAAAAGCACCCCUACUCCCUGCAUUGGAGUCCCCGGGAGAAGGAAGUGAUCAGCAACAGCUGGGAUGCCCACUUGGGGCUGGGGGCCUGUGGAGAGGCUGAGGGCCUGGGGGUCCAGGGGCCCGAGGAGGAGGAGGAGGAAGAAGAGGAAGAGGAAGAAGAGGGGGCUAACCUCCAAGCUUGCCCAUCCAAGGGCCCAGGCAAAGCCCCAGCUGGUGGGGCCGGCAGGCGCCAGCGACGAGGGGGCCCAGUGGCACCCCGGGCUCGGCGUCAGCGCCACUCGGCCUCCCGGAGGGCCAGGGGCAGCAGGGGGCUGGGGGCUCGGCGCCUGGAACGGAGGCUGAAGGAGUCCCUGCAGAACUGGUUCCGGGCAGAGUGUCUCAUGGACUAUGACCCUCGGGGGAACCGGCUGGUGUGCAUGGCAUGUGGCCGGGCACUGCCCAGCCUGCAUCUGGAUGACAUCCGUGCCCACGUGCUGGAGGUGCACCCCAGCUCCCUGGGGCUCAGCGGCCCCCAGCGCAGUGCCCUGCUGCAGGCCUGGGGUGGCCAGCCCGAGACCCUGUCUGAGCUCACUCAGCCCCCAGCAGACGAUGACCUCGUCCCCCAGGACCUGACCAGAAAAAGCCGGGACUCGGCCCCCGCUGCUGGAGCCCCCUCCUCCCAGGAUCUCAGUCCCCCAGACGUAAAGGAAGAGGCUGGCGGGGUCCCUGAGAGGCCCGGGCCGGCAGACAAGAAGGAGGAGCUGGAGGAGGGCGAGAGGGUGGGGGUCCCAGGCCGGUGCCCACGGGGCCGCGACCAUCGCCGCCACUACCAGGAGCGCUGGCGGCUGGAGUACCUCAUGGAGCUGGACGGCGGCCGGCGCGGCCUGGUGUGCAUGGUGUGCGGGGGCUCGCUGGCCUCGCUCAAGAUGAGCACCAUCAAGCGGCACAUCCGCCAGCGCCACCCGGGCUCCACGCGCCUCAGCGGGCCCGUCAAGGCCCUCAUCGCCCAGGAGUGGAGCGAGAAGGCCGCCCACCUGCUGGCCCUGGGGCUGCCCUGCCCCGAGCCCCCCAAGGACCCUGCCGCCCCCAGCACAGCCGCAGCCUCCGAGGAGGGGGGAGGGGACCAGGAGGAGGAGCCAGAGGAGGAGGAGUGGUGGGGCGACGCCCCGCCUUCUCCUGGGGAGCCGUCGGAGCGGCCCGCCGAGGGAGAGGAGGACGAGGAGGACGGCCCGGAGCCCGGGGGACUCGCCUUCCCGCCCCUGCCCCCGCCGCCGCCGCCGCCCCCGCCCCCGCCGCCGCCGCCCCGCAGCCGAGAGCAGCGGCGGAACUACCAGCCGCGCUGGCGGGGCGAGUACCUGAUGGACUACGACGGCAGCCGGCGCGGCCUGGUGUGCAUGGUGUGCGGGGGCGCGCUGGCCACGCUCAAGGUCAGCACCAUCAAGCGGCACAUCCUGCAGGUGCACCCCUUCUCCAUGGACUUCACGCCCGAGGAGCGCCAGACCAUCCUGGAGGCCUACGAGGAGGCGGCGCUGCGCUGCUACGGCCACGAGGGCUUCGGGCCGCCCGCCCCGGCGCCGCGCGAUGGCGGCGCGGACCUCAAGGCGGGCGCCGUGUGCCGGGCGUAAUGGGCGCGGCGGACCCGCGGGCCGGGCGGGGGCGGCCUUGCCUGGGA